AUGGCGGACGAGGUCGAUUUCGAGCCAGAGUACGAAGAGGAGCAACCCAUGGAUGACGCGGAUAACGGGCAGGCGGGAGGGGGAGACGGGCAGGCGGCGGCAGGGGAAGACGACGAGGAGAUGGUGGGGAACGGGGGCGCAGCGGCCGCAAAAGGCGGCAAGGGCAGGAAAGGCGGCGCCAAGGGAAGGGGGCACCAGGGGGGUUCGAUGGAGGUGGAAGACAGAUACGAGGGUCGAGGAGGCGUUUUCGAGUCCGUGGACGUUGGCUCCGCCGGCGGCCCACAGCGCAGCGUCGAGGGCUGGAUCCUGUUCGUGCGCAACGUGCACGAGGAGGCUCAGGAGGACGACAUCAUGGACAAGUUCUCCGAGUACGGGGCGGUGAAGAACCUGCACGUCAACCUCGACAGGCGCACGGGUUUCGUCAAGGGGUAUUGUUUGGUCGAGUUUGAGAAAAAGGAGGAGGCGCAGUCGGCAAUCGACGAGAUGGACGGGUCACAGCUCCUGGAGCAAGACAUCUCCGUCAGUUGGGCCUUCAUGAGGGGAGGAAAGGGGGCAGGGCAGCCCAGGAGGCGACGGUAGGCAGGCAGGCUUCAAAAAGAACGGAUCGUCUCCGCUAGUACAUAGCAUAACGGCGGGGUGGGGGUUACGCUCCCUGGAGGAAUGGGACGGGGGUGUGUAAUCGCACGUUGCCGAGGUGAAUUUCAAGAGACCCUUUCGCCUUCCUGCUAAGCCGGGUCACGUCCAGGUUUCGCAGGCAGGCACCUUGAGGCGUUCGCUGAUUACUGAUCACGCAGCGGUUGGUGGUGGGGUCGCGCAGUAUGGAGAAGGCGGCCUCGCGGUCUUGCCCCGUGUGUGCCCACACUCUCUUCACUCAACAAAAUCAGAAAAUAAAGAAUGUUGCGUUUCGUCGAUCUUUUGGGUGGGGUGGGGUGGGGGGGUAGGGAACGUAGUACGUCUAGGUUGCUUUCGGGGUUGAGAGAAGUUAAACUUGGUGUCUUUCGCUUGGCUUUUUCCCAUUCGCGCGUACGCACGGAGGAGGCUAUUGCCAGCUUGUGGUUUGUUGUCACUAUUGUUUUUCGUUUUUGUUCUUUUUUCUUUUUUCUUUUUUUUGUUGUUGUCUAGCAAACCAAACACAAGAGUGUUCGG